AUGUCUGCUGAGACCCUCACCACUCUUGCCAGGAUUUACCUCCUAGGAUUACUCUUCUCCAUUCUCCCAGGGUCCUGGGCCCAGGUGCAGCUUUUGGAGUCAGGAGGCAAGGUGACACACGAGGGCCAGUCUGUGACCCUGACCUGCAAGGCUUCUGGCUUUAAGUUCAAGGAUUAUGCUAUGUCUUGGCACUGGACCCCAAAUAGGAGUGAGAGGCAGUUUGUGGCCAGCAUCAGCCCCCAAAUUGGCAGUCAAAAAGAUUAUAAAUCCAGCAUCCAGGGCAGGGCUUUGAUCACCAGGAAUAACGGAGCCCACACCGUCUCCCUGACCCUGCGCCAGCUACGAAAGGAAGACUCGGGCAUAUACUUCUGUGCCAGACUCACUAUGUCAUCUGGAGUAGAGGUCAGUAGUCUUCCAGUCACCAGGAGACUUCAAGGAGCUAAGUGGGAAAAUUUUGGUCCUGGAACAGAACUGACUGUGUUACCAUUGGAAAAGACAAUGCUUACAGAAUCAGGAGGAGGCACAUACCAAGCUGGAAGGACCCUGAGUCUCAAAUGCCAAACCUUUGGCUUCCAGUUCAAGACAAGUAAACUUGACUGGUACCUUUGGGCCUCUGGCCAUGCCCUGCUGUUGUUGACUGGUCUGAACAGUAGUUCUACAGAUGCCACUGAAGGCAGGAUCACUUCCUCCAGAGAGGACAGCAGGAACCAAUUUUUCCUACAGAUUGUGGACCUGGGCCUCAGGGAUUCUGGCCAAUACCAUUGUGCAAGGAGAGUGGGCAAUGGAGACGACACUGACAAGCUGGUCUUUGGUCUUGGAACACAUGUGAUUGUGGAGCCUAGACCUCGAGCUCCCCUGUCACCCAGUGUGUUCUUGGUGAGAAAUCAGGAUGCUGUGGCCUGCCUGAUCAGGAACUUCUACCCCAAGGAACUCCAUGUAUCCCUGACCUCCCCUGGGACCUUGAUCUCUGCUCAGAACCUCACUCUGGCUCCAAUGGCCAGUGGCUCCUAUAGUGCUAUCCACAUUGGCAGGGUUGGUGAGAAUGAUACAAUAACCUGCUCAGUGAAGCAUCUUGGGAAAGAGAUACAUAUGUCCCACCAGGCAGAUCAUACUGGACCAGACAUUAGGAUUGACUCUGAGCUGAAACUGUCUUGCCCUGAGCAGGAUAUCACAAGACCUGAGCAGGGGAACAAACUAUUCCUCAGUUUGCUGGGCCUGAGAUUGCUAUUCAUGAAGACUGUGGCCAUCAAUGUCCUGUUUACCACCAUGACCUUGAUCUUCUAA